GAACACUCGCUUGACCAUACGCUACCCUCAUGGAACCUCCGCCACCGGCGCCCCCACCACGGUCUCCCCUGCGCCCUCCACCGACAUCUCCACCGUCUGAACAGACUGUUUCGAAACGACAGCAUGCUCUCACGGAGCUGAUCGCUAGCGAACGUGCUUAUGUUUCGGAUCUGGCUCUGGUGCUGGAAGUACACGUCCCACUGGCUGAAGGUCCCAUGUCUCUGGACGACAUUAGGAUAAUCUUUGGGAACAUCGAGGAGUUGGCCGAAUUGUCGGAUGCCUUGGUGGAAGCCAUGGAACGCACGAUGGGGACUGCGCUGGAAAAUGCGGACGCAACGGACGAUAAGAUCGGGGAGCUUUUUCUGCGGUAUGCACCAGAGGUCGAGGCGCCUUACAAGCAGUACAUCACGCGUCAUCCCUCCGCCCUCGCGCACUUGAAUUCACUACCGCAGACGCCCGAGCUCACGGCAUACCAUCAAAAAUGCCGGGACACCGCUUCGACGCUGUCGCACGCCUGGGACUUGGCUUCUCUGCUGAUAAAACCGGUCCAGCGAUUGCUCAAAUAUUCACUCCUACUCGCGGCUAUCAUCGAUGCGACCGCGCCGACGCACCCGGAUCGGCCCAACCUUGUGGCCGCUCGCGCCGCAAUGGAAGAGGUUGCUCAUGCAGUUAACGAGGGGAAGCGGCGAGCAGAGGUUGUGAAAGAGGUUCUAACCUCCCCGAAGAAGCCGCCUACGAUGCUCCGCAUAAAAUCCUUCCGCGCGCCUGCGGAUGUGAAUUCUGAGGCGGCCCGUGUCGACCGAAUGGCCGCUGAGCUCGCCAGAAUCGAUGUGUUCGCGCAGCAGUUCUCGCGAUGUGCGCAGGAAUGGGCCAGGAUGGCGGACACCGCCGCUCACACGCUGCUGGCCUGGGCCAAGGCGUUCGGUGCCGCGAUCGGGCUCUCCGCGACAGUGCGGUCCGAAGCCUUCGAUGCGUUCCUCUCGACGCUGACCGCGAACAUCCUGCCUGCAUCGGCUGCGUUGCUGGCGCAAGUCGCGUCGGACCUGCUCGCGCCGCUCGCGCGACUUUUGGCGACUGCGGCUCAGCCGAGGCAGCUGAUUGCGAGCAUGGUCGAGCACGCGCCGUUGCAUCACCACCUGCUUACGAUGCCCGUGUCAGCCAAGAACCGGCCUCCGCCGGCGCUUCUCACGGCCUCGGCGCACUAUCUCGCACUUCGGGGACAGCUGUUCGCCGAACUCCCCACCUACCUCGCGCUUCUCCACCGGGGACUUGCUGCGCUGGUGCGCCGACUCGCGGCUGUCCAGGCUGGCUUCUUCGGUGUAACACGUGACACGUGGGCCGGGCUGUGGGACAUGCUGCGAGUCGAGGGCGAGCGGAACGGCGGCGGCAGCGAAACCGAGGCCGUCUGGCGGGCGCGGUGGGGCGAUGUGGACGCGGGUCUGCUGUCUCUGGGCAUCUGUCAUCCACUGCGUAUCUCGCAGCAACUGUCGCUCUCGUCCCCAGUCGUGGAAGCCAUCAGCAUCAGCAGCGGCGAGUGGCAGAACACAGUCCCCGGGUCGCCCACAUCUCCGCAGCACUACGAGCGCGCGAGCUCGAGCUCCGCCAGCGUCCACAGCUCGCACAGCGGACAGGCAACUCAAGUCAACAACAUGCUUGCCGCGCUGGAAGGCCCGCGCCGGUCCGGCCAACCGGCACCAGUCAAUGCGGCCGCUACAACUGCGAUGCUCAGCGCCCUGCAUCCGAGUCCCCCGCAGGUCAGCGGGCCGUUCCCCUUGUCGCCGUCUCGGCCUCAUGCUUUGAGCGACACCGGCACCGGCUGGUCCGGGUUCCCUGGCUGGAAUUCGACAUCACGUGGGAAGAGCCCCGGCCGCAGUGCCACAACUAACGGAAAGAAGACCGUCCGAGGCAAGAGUCCCACUCCCACACAGAAGAGCAUGCGUGACGGAGGCCUCGAGCUGGGAGUGACCAUCGCUGAAAUGGGCUGGGACUAUUCUGGAGCCCUGCUACCGCCCAAGAAAAUUAAGGAUCCAGAACGAGAGGAGGAGAAGAUGCGCGAAAAGGAACGGGCGAGACUGAGGAAACUCGAGCAAGAGGAGGAAAAGGCCAGGAAAAAGGAGGAGAAGAAGAAGGAAAAGGACAAAGGCCUCAAGAACAGCAAGAGCGCUGAUCGAGGAUCGUUGGCCAGUUCGAAAUUAGCACUGCUCGAGAACGGCGGGUACGGUUCUGUGGAAAAGAAAAGCAGCCGGUCUUCGAACGGCAAGAAGGCUGACGAACGCGAGCAACGCGGAGUUGCUCGAAGGACCAGUGAUAUCACGAACAACAUGUCCCCCGGCACGAAACGGUCGGUCUCGCGAGGAAGACCGAUUUCCGACGAACCCUCAUCGCACAUGCGCGCCCGUGCGCCGCAGCUCCCUAGACAGACUUCUCCUGGGCCCGAGAACGAGCAGCUCAGGGCACGGCGGUCCACCUGGCUCGCAGCUCCAAUACAAUACUCCUGCCGAGUCAUCCAACCGUGCAAACCCCCCGAGACCGAGUCCUAUUUUGGAUACCCGUUUUUCACACUGGAAGAACACGCUAUUUUUGGUGUGUUGCACGAGGCCGGACACCCAUCGACGCAUCCCCGGCUCCCGCUGUAUGUGGAUGACGGCGAGGACUGUCUGCUGCUGUGCCGCAAUGCCUCGGACGACAUCGGAUGGGUGCUGGCGAGUUUCCUGGCGCCGCUCGCCGCCGACUGA